CUGUCGGCUGUGGGCGGGGCUCCAGCGUCACGCCCCGCCCACCGGCGCCAUCUUCCUGGACCCGGGCGGGGCACUGGGCUGUGCGUCGCCGCUCGGGAAGGAACGCGGGCUGCAACCCGGACUCAGCACUGACUUCAGAGGUACAGGAGGCCUUUCCCAGGGGCCCAGGACUGCUCAAGAGGACAAUGGAUUCUGGAGCUCGCCCAGUUGGUGGCAGCUGUAGCAGCCCUGCAGCGCUAUCACGGGAAUACAAACUAGUGAUGCUGGGCGCUGGUGGCGUUGGGAAGAGUGCCAUGACGAUGCAGUUCAUCAGCCACCGAUUCCCAGAAGACCAUGACCCCACCAUUGAAGACGCGUAUAAGAUCCGGAUCCGCAUCGACGACGAGCCUGCCAAUCUGGACAUUCUGGAUACAGCUGGACAGGCGGAGUUUACAGCCAUGCGGGAUCAGUAUAUGAGGGCAGGAGAAGGGUUUAUCAUCUGUUACUCAAUCACGGACCGUCGAAGUUUCCUUGAAGUUCGGGAGUUUAAACAACUGAUUUACCGUGUCCGACGCACUGAUGACACACCCGUGGUUCUUGUGGGAAACAAGUCCGACCUGAAGCAGCUGAGACAGGAAGAGGCACUUUGCCUCCGCCCACAUCAGCGAGCUCUGCAAAGAACAGAUGUGAAAGCCAGUCAGCUAAGAAGCUAUAGGACACGCUGGAUCAGGCCUGAGGUAGGAGGAGGCAUCCUGCACUGUCUUUUUCUGGCAGCCCCGAGCCUGUGGAAGUACCGGCUCCCCCACCACCACCCCACUGCUCAGUCGACCCAGAGGAUGCAAGGGGUUGAGCUGCAUGGAGAUGGGGAAGGGAGGAGUGGGGUGAGGCUGUGUCCCCGACUUCUCAGGAGGAGCUACAGAGGCACACGCAGCAGGACAGAGACCAGACUCCACCUGUCACUUUAGCAUUGCUUCUGGGAAGGAAACAAAGCUGCUGAGUGACUUCUGAUCUUUACACAUUAAGGCGACGAAGAGGAACCAUUUCAAUUUUUUCCCUAAUGGGGCUUAAGAAUGCUCCUGCCAGGUUUUCAUUAAACUAUGUCAAAAUGCCUUUUUAGAAAACAAAAAGUAUUUUCUUCUACGUAUGAUACAGUAUUUACAUUCCAUGGGUUAAAGGACGGAGACUAGUGGUGGGGUCCCAGCUGAUGGCGAAACAGGAAGUCAGAUCAUGGGAUAUAAAGGCUGACAAGGCAAGAGCAGAGUGGGUUUCCCUGCCUAUCCAGGACUGCUCUGCAUUGCCAAGAAUUCCGCAGGAAAAACAAAACCAACAAAAAAACCCAAAAGGAUGGGUGCGGGGGCAGAGUGGAUUCAAACCUACAAGCACUAAGGGAACACCCAAGGCAGUGUCGACACCCUCUCCAUGGAAACUCGGCUUGUCCACCCCUUCUCAGAAGCAAGCUAGAAAGGGAUGGUCUUGUAGGGAAGUGGGCACUUCAGUUACAGAUCCUCUGUCUGGCCCUGGAUCAAGCUACUUCUUAUUUGACUGAGGUCCUCUUCAGGCUGUUAAAAAUAGGCACUGCCCACCAAGCUCUCCUCUCAUUCCUGAAGUCUCCGUGCGGAGACCUGGAUCUGAGCUCCAACACAACUCUCGAGCUCCGCCCUGUCCUGGUGAGACUCUCAGUUGUCCAGCCUUGCGCUCGCUGCUGAGGAGAGUAGGGCUCUGAAGGCAUCCGUAUUAUCUCCCUAUUCAGCCCCACUCAGCUUUCUUAAGAGCCGUUACUGUAAACCUCAGGGAGAGUCAUUUCUGAGGCCUGUUUCCUUAUGAAACAAAGCAACUUCCAUCAGCAUCUACAUCCUGAGGAGACGCCAGAGCCUCUGGGUGGAUAUCUGACCUCCUCCCCUUGUCCCCUGACCUGCAAGUAGCAUUCGGGAUCAGCCGGUGUUCAUCGAGACUUCCCUCUGGUUGAAGCUGAGGUCUCCCAGUUUCCAGAGAAAGAAAGUCAGCGAGUCCUACGUCGGGUUCCACCUCCCAGGCCUGCCCUGCUCACCAGAGCUAUCACCAGGACCGCCUGCCUGCAGCAGACACCCCAUUCUCAGUGACCCUUUCUCCUGCAAACCCCACUUUGCUUACUAUAGACCUCUGGACUUGGAACUCGGCCAAAGAGCAGAGACCCGAGCGAGAGGUGAUAGAAAAAAGGAUGGCGUGAUGGGAACACGGGGUUUUACAAGAGCAGACGUUUCUUCUGCAAUGAAGGGGAACUGGAAUAACCCAGAGAAGCCCGAUAAAAAGAGGCCAAUUUCAGGGGAUCAGCAAAUACAGUUCGGCACAAAACACAAUUUUCAUGGAUUAAAAUCUGCAACUUGACAUCGGUUAGGCUAAUUUCUUGUUUGUAUUAGACAUGCAAGUAUAAGGUUACAUUGUUAUAUAUAGACUGUGGGGGUCUUUCCUUCUCUCCCUCCCCUCAUUUUAAAAACAAAAGAUCGUCUAGUGCCUUGCAAAGAAGAAAAUAGUCCUCACGCUAAGAACUGAUCUGCAGCUGUGUGGAGUAGGAUGUUCUUUGUGUGGUUUGUUUUGUAAGAAAUUUUCUUCUACGACUAAAAUGAGGUUUUGAGUCA